GUUAAAUUUUGCUUAUAUUUUGUUAGAGGGAGGUAAACAUUAAUAUUCUUUGAGUCUAAAGGCUUCCAUGUCCUAAACACCAUCUACUUAUCUUAUAUUUUUCUCAUAAAACAGAAAAAAAGAUUAAUUAAUAUAUAACUCUAAAUGGUGAAAAAAAGAGAGAUGCGAUAGUGAAAAUGAAAAUUACAUUUCAGCAUUAAUUCCUCAAUCCCCGCCAAAAACCGUUUUUCAGUUAUCUCUUCCUUUCGGAAUACACAUUCUUCAUUCCCAUUCUCUCUGAUUUUUGAUCUAAAAUCCACAUUCAUACAUUCAUUCACUCCUUCCUUUUCAUCUUUCAUCUGAUCCCAAAAUGGCGACUAUGACGAGUUUGAUCGGUCUCAUCAACAAGAUCCAACGUGCAUGUACUGUUUUAGGUGACCACGGCGGCGAGGGUUUGUCACUCUGGGAAGCUCUUCCUUCCGUCGCCGUCGUUGGAGGACAGAGUUCAGGGAAAUCGUCGGUGUUGGAGAGUGUGGUUGGAAGGGAUUUUCUGCCUCGUGGAUCUGGUAUUGUCACACGGAGGCCAUUAGUGUUGCAACUUCACAAGACAGAUGAUGGACAACAAGAUUAUGCUGAGUUUCUUCAUGCACCCAGAAAGAGAUACACUGAUUUCGCUGCUGUAAGGAAGGAAAUAUCAGAUGAAACAGAUCGUAUAACUGGGAAGUCAAAGGCAAUUUCAAACAUUCCAAUUCAACUCAGCAUAUAUUCUCCAAAUGUUGUGAACUUAACCCUCAUAGAUCUUCCCGGAUUGACAAAGGUUGCUGUUGAGGGACAAUCAGAAAGUAUUGUUCAAGAUAUUGAAAACAUGGUCCGAUCCUAUGUUGAGAAGCCUAACUGCAUUAUCUUGGCCAUCUCUCCUGCAAACCAAGAUAUUGCCACUUCAGAUGCAAUAAAAAUUGCAAAAGAAGUUGAUCCUUCAGGUGAUAGAACAUUUGGAGUGUUGACAAAACUUGAUCUUAUGGAUAAAGGAACUAAUGCCGUAGAGGUUCUGGAAGGAAAGCAUUACAGGUUGCAGCAUCCAUGGGUUGGAAUUGUGAACCGUUCACAAGCAGAUAUUAAUAAAAAUGUUGACAUGAUUGUUGCUCGCAAGAAGGAGCGUGAAUAUUUUGAGACGAGCCCUGAAUAUGGACAUCUGGCACAUAAAAUGGGUGCAGAAUAUCUUGCCAAGCUUCUAUCUGAGCAUCUGGAGGUCGUCAUUAGGCAGCGGAUUCCUAGUAUUGUUGCCUUAAUAAACAAAACCAUUGACGAGCUUAAUGCAGAGUUGGACCGUAUUGGCAGGCCUAUAGCUGUGGAUUCAGGGGCCCAACUCUACACUAUUUUAGAGAUGUGUCGAGCAUUUGACAAAGUAUUUAAAGAACACAUCGACGGAGGACGUCCAGGUGGGGACAAAAUUUAUGGCGUUUUUGACAAUCAAUUACCGGCUGCUUUGAAAAAGCUCCCCUUUGAUCGCCAUCUUUCCAUAAAAAACGUACAGCGAGUCGUUACAGAAGCCGAUGGUUAUCAGCCCCAUCUGAUUGCCCCAGAGCAAGGGUACAGAAGACUUAUUGAAGGAUGUUUAGGUUAUUUCAAAGGCCCAGCUGAUGCCUCUGUGGAUGCUGUCCACCUUGUUUUAAAGGAACUUGUGCGAAAAGCAGUUGCAGCAACUGAGGAAUUGAAGAGGUUUCCAACACUUAAAAAUGAAAUAGCUGCAGCUGCAAAUGAUUCUUUGGAAAGAUUCCGAGAAGAAAGUAGGAAGACAGUGACCCGGCUAGUUGAUAUGGAGUCUAGCUAUCUAACAGUAGAGUUUUUUCGGAAGAUUCAUCUUGAACCAGAAGCGAACCAGAAAGAAAGUCGGAAUGCUCCUAAUCCCAAUCUGGACAAUUUCUCAGAUAAUCACCUCCGGAAAAUUGGAUCAAAUGUUAAUGCCUAUAUCAACAUGAUUUGUGACACACUUAAAAAUUCUAUACCAAAAGCUGUGGUUUAUUGUCAAGUUAGAGAGGCGAAGAGAUCAUUGCUCAAUCGCUUUUAUGUUCAAGUUGGGAGAAAAGAGAAGGAGCAACUUGGGGCCAUGUUGGAUGAAGAUCCUGCACUUAUGGAAAAAAGAUUACAAUUAGCUAAAAGGCUUGAAUUGUACAAGCAAGCUAGGGAUGACAUUGAUUCAGUGGCAUGGAAAUAAUAUGUUGCAACAAAUGUUGAGUUCAAUUUUGUUCACCGGCCGUGUAAGCAAGACUCUUUAUAGGUUUAUUAUUUGUCCAUUAUUUUUUUUUUAUUAAAUUGGAAAAAUAAAAAUAUACGAUUAUUUUGUUAUGUUCUUGUUUUAUUAUUUUUUAAAACAAUAUAUUCCAUAAAAAAACAAAAAUGGUUUUGGAACACAAUGAAACAACUAUUUAGUAAUGUCAAUUUGCAGACAAUGCUACAGGUAA